UGUAGACCGGAGGCCUCCACCUGUUGAUUCCUACCACAUUUACUGGACUGGAAAACCAUCUCGUGAUCAAGUACGGAAGGGCUGGUGGUGGCGAAGGCAUUCAAGCUAGGCUACGAGCCCACAGGAGCACAGGGCCUGACGGCUACGGCUACUACAUUCCUCGCACCCAAAUCAACCCACUCUUCAUGGUGUGGCUGCCGGACGAUGGCCUCCUCCACAUUCCUGAGCGCUUCAUCCGUAACGAGGCGAACCGCAGAGGUUGGCACCACGGUUGGCUCGACGAGGAAGGCCACCAACGCGAAGACCUCAUCGUGAUUCCGCGUGACCAGCAGCCCGAACUGGAGCGGAUGUUCCGAGCGCUGGUGCUGUGUUUUCCUCUGUGAGGGAGUCGAGAUUAAUGUAGUGUAUAGUGCAGACCUCCUUUAUUCCGGCACUUGAAGUUUAUAUAUGACAAUGUGCCCAUUUGAAGUUUUUU